AUGGAGAAAUACAUGAUAAUUGAUACCUUUGCCAAAGGCCCCCAAGGAAUCACGCUCUUGGUGAAACAUCGGGCAAAUGGAAAGACAUUUAUUCUGAAAAAGAUCGAAUGUAACGAUAACCCGGAAGCUAAUCGCGCCCUCCGAGAGGUCAUGCGAUUCACUAAACUCCGUCACAGACACAUUGCCAUUCCCCGAGAUGCCUUUGUUCACUGGGACUCCACCGAAGCAGCAGUAUACCUGUGUAUCGCAUCCGACUACUUUGUUACUGGUGACCUUGAUAGCUUCGUCAAGGAAAAGUCAAGGAAUGGUCAAUCGAUGUGCGAAUCGGACAUGCAACGUUGGAUGGGCCAAAUGCUCCAUGCCAUAAUCUAUCUGCAUGAUAGCGGAAUAGCCCACACCAAUCUGAAGCCUAGCAACGUGUACCUGACUCCUCAGAUGGACCUGCGGAUUGGCGAUAUUGGAAUCAGGACUGUCAUAGAGGACUUACAUCGGUUUCGUUCCAGGACCAGAUCGGCGGUCUGGUCCCUCUACUGGUCUCCACCAGAGGUCUUCGAGGGUCCUCACGGAUCAAAAACAGAUGUCUGGUCCUUGGGCUGCAUGCUGUUCGAGAUGGCGGCAAUGAUGCACCAGAGUGUCCUCAAAUCUCGGGAAGUCCUUCUGCAGCUGCGCGUGGGAGACAGGGUUGAAUUCUUGGAUUCCCUGAAACAGAUUGGCCGGGGGUAUGAGAAGUCCUGCCACAUCUGUGAUUGCUUAGUCCACAUGUUUUCAGCUGAUCACGAAUCAAGACCAUCGGCAAGAGAUGUUCUAAAGAUGCACUACCCUCGGCUCUGCAUAAACAUGGUUACCAAUAAAGGCACGGAAACCCCAAAGAGAUAGAGGAAUUGAAAAUUAUGUCUCAUCAACAAACUAUAAUACGUAUGUAGAAGUCUGCUACCAGAAUAAUUGUCUUGCAAUACUAUUUCGUUAGAAGAGAGAUGUGAAUUAACUGCCUUUUUUUAGUACAAAGUCUAUUUAUAAUUCUGGUUAACCAAAACAAACAUUCUCUUCGUAGUUUUGGAUGUCCAAUAGGUUUCGACUUAGGUGCGAUACUACAUUAACAAG